UACGCAUGCGCACUUUGGUCUUUUACCUAGUUCAGUUCUCCCGGACUCAAGUCAGCGUCCUGUUCCCUGGGGUUGUUGAGGUGUAUGAUUAAGCCCGGAAAGUGAGAGUGUAAAACAAAGCUGGAUUGGGGCGUUGGGUUCCAGUGUGCCUCGCGAGCCUCCGUUGCCUCGGGCGUUCGUUUCGCGCAACCUGCUGGGAGUUGUAGUCCCGGACCCGGGGGUGCCUGGGAAGAGGGGGGGGGGUUGGAGUUUCUCAGCGCCGAUUCCGCGGGAAAGGCCCAGGGGCCUCACACUUCGAGUCGCGGGAGCUGCGGGUCUUACUGGGAGAGACGCUGCACGUGGAGCCCGCGCCCCUGCUGUUCUCAGCCGGCUCUGGAGCGCGGGUGGGGGCGACGGGGCCGAUUCCGGAGCGGGACUGAGCUUUUGAAAUACUCCAACCAUGACUAAAAGAGAAGCAGAGGAGCUGAUAGAAAUUGAGAUUGAUGGGACAGAGAAACCAGAGUGCACAGAAGAAAGUAUUGUGGAACAAACCUACACACCAGCUGAAUGUGUAAGCCAGGCUAUAGACAUCAAUGAGCCAAUAGGCAAUUUAAAGAAAUUGCUAGAACCAAGACUACAGUGUUCUUUGGAUGCUCAUGAAAUUUGCCUGCAAGAUAUCCAGCUGGAUCCGGAACGAAGUUUAUUUGACCAAGGAGUAAAAACAGAUGGAACUGUACAACUUAGUGUACAGGUAAUUUCUUACCAAGGAAUUGAACCCAAGUUAAACAUCCUUGAAAUUGUUAAACCUGCGGAAACAGUUGAAGUAGUCAUUGAUCCAGAUGCCCACCAUGCUGAAGCAGAAGCACAUCUUGUUGAGGAAGCUCAGGUUAUAACUCUUGAUGGCACAAAACACAUUACAACUAUUUCAGAUGAAACCUCAGAACAAGUGACAAGAUGGGCUGCCGCUCUGGAAGGUUACAGGAAAGAGCAAGAACGCCUUGGGAUACCUUAUGAUCCUAUACAGUGGUCUACAGACCAAGUCCUGCACUGGGUGGUUUGGGUAAUGAAGGAGUUCAGCAUGACUGAUAUAGACCUGACCACACUCAACAUUUCUGGAAGAGAAUUAUGCAGUCUCAACCAAGAAGAUUUUUUUCAGCGAGUGCCUCGGGGAGAAAUUCUGUGGAGUCAUCUGGAACUUCUUCGAAAAUAUGUGUUGGCAAGCCAAGAACAACAGAUGAAUGAGAUAGUUACAAUUGAUCAGCCUGUGCAGAUUAUUCCAGCAUCAGUACAGUCUGCUACACCAACUACUAUUAAAGUUAUAAACAGUAGUGCAAAGGCAGCUAAAGUACAAAGAGCUCCAAGGAUUUCAGGAGAAGAUAGAAGUUCACCUGGGAACAGAACAGGAAACAAUGGUCAGAUCCAACUGUGGCAGUUUUUGCUAGAACUUCUUACUGACAAGGAUGCUCGAGACUGCAUUUCUUGGGUUGGUGAUGAAGGCGAGUUUAAGCUAAAUCAGCCUGAACUAGUUGCACAAAAAUGGGGACAACGUAAAAAUAAGCCUACAAUGAACUAUGAGAAACUCAGUCGUGCAUUAAGGUAUUAUUAUGAUGGGGACAUGAUUUGUAAAGUUCAAGGCAAGAGAUUUGUGUACAAGUUUGUCUGUGACUUGAAGACUCUUAUUGGAUACAGUGCAGCAGAGUUGAACCGUUUGGUCACAGAAUGUGAACAGAAGAAACUUGCAAAGAUGCAGCUUCACGGGAUUGCCCAGCCGGUCACAGCAGUAGCCCUGGCCACUGCUUCUCUGCAGACGGAAAAGGAUAAUUGAGCCCAGGACCUUCUGGGAGCCCGAGGUCUUUCUUAAACAUUAGAGCAAGUAUUGCUCUCACCUUUAUUACUGAAUUUGAAUCUUCUUUUAUUUCUAGACUAUACAAUCUGAUGCAUGAUUUUUUUAUAAAUAUUUCAUACUCUUGUGAAUUUGGAUCUUUUUACUUUGAGCAUAUAUUUUAGAAUACGUGUAUGUUAAAGGUCACCACAAUGUCUUCAGCACCAAGUCAGGUUCAUUGUGGGAUAGUUUGUUAACAGUCAGGAAAGCUAAACUGGUCAGUAUUAAUGUCUAGCCCUACCAAAAAUAGUCAGUAGCAUCUGAGGAUGAAAAAUAAAUGAAGUAUCUCCAGGAAACAGUCUGGCCUAACUAUUUUUGAAAAUAUAACUGUUUCCCCUCUCUGCUGCUUUAGAUGUUGCUUUACAUAGAACCAGAAAAUGGAAUUUUUCACAGCUAAAGCAUGUGUGCCUGUUUCAUCUAAUCAAGCAGAGCUAAAAUACUCCUAUCAAAUGAAAUGACAAUAUUAAUAAAUUACUAAACUGAGAGUAUCAAGUUAUUAAAAUAAUUUAUAUAUUUGCAAGCAAAGGACAAUAAGAAGUCGACUGGCAGAAGAGCAUUGCUGAAGAAGGAGAUCCAGGUUGAAAUCUAGCUUAACUCAAGCUAAUUUUAAGGAUUUUCUGUAUAGAUUAUUCAUAAUGUCAGGCCAAGAAUUUAAAUUAUUUUAAGAGAGGCAUUUAAUUCUCUAAUAAACCAACUAUUACAAAAA